AUGAACCCAAUUACCGUCACCGACACCACUGAAAACAUCUGGCAACCAACUGAUGCCAUUCCACAACAUAUCAAAUCAUUACUCAUCCCAGAUGGAAAUCCCGUAAACUACGUCCUUGCAUUCCUCCAAAUCGUCCGCUUAUUAAAAACCCAAAAAAGAACCGGCUGGAUCGAUCACGGAGUCCCACCAUUCGAUACAGAAUCGAUUGCUGAUCAUAUGUAUAGAAUGGCGAUUAUAUCCAUGUUAGUCCCUCAUGUGAACACUGACAAAUGUGUCAAGAUCGCCGUUGUGCAUGAUAUCGCCGAGGCCUUGGUUGGUGAUAUUACUCCAUAUGCUGGUGUAACUAAGGAAGAAAAACAUCGCCGUGAAUUAGCCACGAUUGAUUUUUUGAGUGAUUUGAUCAGGCCGUAUAAUGGUUUAUUUGCUACUGAAUUGAAGGAAUUAUGGUUAGAUUAUGAAGAAGUGAGAAAUGUCGAGGCUAGAUACGUCAAGGAUGUUGAUAAGUUCGAAAUGAUCCAGACUGCUUGGGAAUAUGAACAACAAUUUGGAUUGGUGUAUAAUUUGGAUCAAUUUUAUACUGCACGUGCAGCUAUUAAGACUGCUGAAGUUGGGGAAAUGGUUGAUGAAGUGCUUGCUAAGAGAGCUGAACUUGUCAAGAAGCUUCAAGGGAGAAGUUAG